AUGAAAGGGAAGGCUCCCGUGUCCAUAAUAACCGAUGGUGACAGGCAAAUGAAGUCUGCGAUCGAGCAAGUUUUUCCAGAGGCUCACCAUCGACUCUGCGCUUGGCAUCUACUCCGAAACGCCACGAGCAACAUUGGAAAGCCAAAAUUCACCAGGAUGUUUAGGGAUUGCAUGCUCGGCGACUACGAGGUUGGAACAUUUCAGAGAAAGUGGUUUGAGAUGCUUGAGAAAUUUGGAGUGGCCGAUAAAAGAUGGGUACAGGACAUGUACGAGAGAAGGCACAGCUGGGCCACAGCACACAUACGGGGAAAGUUCUUUACCGGAUUUCGAACAACAUCAAGGUGCGAGGGCUUGCACGCUGUGAUAUCACGGUAUGUUAAGUCUCGAUACAGCUACACUGAGUUUUUACGUCAUUUCCGUCGAUGCUUGAUGUUCGUCCGCGCAAAGGAGGUGGAGGCCGAUUUCGAGUGCGCAAAGGGUGACCCUGUUAUGACCACCAACCUGAAACAGCUGGAGCGGAGUGCAGCCGACAACUACACUCGUGCGAUAUUCUAUUUGUUUGUUCCCAUUCUUGACAGGGCCUGUGUAAUGAGGGUGGUUGACUCUGAAGACAACGGUUCCUAUUUUAUUCACACCGUCUCUCGAUACGGCACUCCGGGGAAGGAGUGGCGUGUUGUUGCGACGUCUGAUACGAGGGAGGUCCGAUGCACGUGCAUGAGAAUGGAAUGUUUCGGGGUCCCCUGCGAACAUAUAAUUGCGGUGCUUGUUCUUAACAAUGUUCAUGAGAUCCCGAGGUCUCUGAUAUUACCGAGAUGGACCAAGGAUGCAAAACUUGUGGCGGUGGAGUCGAUGGGCGUGAUUUGGGAUUCUGUACAACUGACGCAACACUGGUGCCUGAUGGAUUGGUACCGGAAAGUGUGCAAGAUUGCAUGUCACAGCACCGAAAAGUUCCAGUUUGCAAGAGACAUAGCUGUGCUGAUGCUGAAGCACUUCGAGAACGAAGAUGCAGGGAACAGCAGUUUUCAACAGGAGGGGCCACCUACGGAGGGUGGCAGACCCCCGGCGCGAAAUCCACCCAGGCGCAAUACAAAGGGUAACUGUGCUCAUGGUGGAAAGAAGACCCAGCGAUGUCGUUUGUGCCGGGAGGUGGGACACAACAGGACGACGUGUCCGGAGUGUCACACCAUGGAACCAUCCAGCUCAGUUGCAGAAGACAUGGAUUCGAUGGACACUGACAUGGUCUAUAAUAACCUAUCCGGCGAUCUGUAUGCGACCGCGGAGAUUCCUUCGUUCAAAUGCUCCGAUAGUGACACGCAUGCCGGGUUUGCUAAUAGCGACUUCGCUGGGACCAAGACGUCCGGGCCAAUAUCACCGUUUUUAACCGGGAUUCAGGAUGUGUAUGGUUUAAGUGGUGUCAUGCGAAUAGCUGCAAAUCGACUGUCAAAGCUGAUGUAUUAUUAUUCGGUUGUUGUCCACCGUUUUGUUGAACCGGACAUGGUAGCACCACCGUACUUGACCGAGUUACUUGGAUGGGGUUGGGGACGGUGGCUUGGGGUUUAG